AUGUUAGAAGAAGUGGACAAGAUUAAAGAAGCCAUCUUCAAGUUCUUUGAGAACCAUUUCAAGAAGGUGGGGGUUGUGAGGCAUAUCCUUAAGGCUGAUGAUAUACCAGAGCUAAACAAUGAAGAAAGUGAAGAUUUUGAAAAGGUGUUCACUGCUGAUGAAAUUCGUGAACCAGUUUUUGAUUGUGACAAUUCAAAAUGCCCGGGACUAGAUGGGUUCAAUCUAGAUUUUUUGAAGAAUUGCUGA